AUGGCACUUCGAUGUCGAUCCGCCUGUCCGCGCCCACUCGCGUGCGUGGCGUCCCUGGCAGCUCUGCUGGCUUUGCUCGCGGCGGCUCCGCAGCCGGGCGCGGGCGCACCGCUGGUGCUCUGCGCGGCGCCGGCGCUGAACCGAGCGCCCAGGCGGGCGACGAGGAUCCUGCGAAGAUCAGGAGAGAGGCAGCUCACCUUACAGGAGGCCUAUGCCGAGCUUGGCCUCCCUGCCGGUGCAAGCAUCCGACAGGUGCGCAAGGCCUUCCGUCGCCUGGCGCGGCAGCUGCACCCUGACGUCUGCGCGCCCUCCGAGCUGGCGCAAACCGCGCUGCGCUUCGUGGCGAUGAAGCAAGCGUAUGAUUUCAUCAUGUCCUAUGACUAG